AUGUCGAAACUUAACACUACAUUUUUCCCAGUCUGCCUCUUAGUCUUAGCUGCGAGUCUUGCCAAAACCUAUGUGGUCGAAAAUAACUAUGCCACAUCGAUAUACGACAUGGGAAAACUAGUCUCCUACGAACUGUACCUAUUGAAUACUUUAGAGAAAUUUUCUGAAAAACUCCAGCAGAGAGUGGACACAAUAGAACACUAUUUGCAAAUGAUGGAGUACGAAGAGAGCGGGCAGCUUCCAACACAUCCCAUAGAUUCUUUUCGGGUCGUACGUCGCCUGUACUCGGACUACGCCAAUUGGGUGUGGUACUUAGAACAGCAGCCGUGGGAGGCUUAUGUCCUGAAUAUAACUGCUAUUGCUGCAAAAAUGCCAACGACCAAGGAUAUGGGGGAGGCCACUAGAGGCUUGGAACUCAUACAGAGUGUGUACUCCAUUUCGACUCGUAACAUGGCUCAAGGAGUUUUCCGGGAAGUUCAUUCCAACAUUUCUCUUAAUGCAAUGGAGUGUUAUACCAUAGCCAAGGACAUGGUCAAGUAUAAGAAUUUAACCCGUGCCAUGGAGUGGCUGAAUGUUGGUGUGGAGAAGUACAUGGAGGAUGAGCAAAACGAGGAAAACUAUUUGUAUACCCAACUGGGAGUAACUUUGGUCAGUUUCCAUGAACUUCUAGUGGAGAUUAAAGAAGGACUUGGUUCGAGAACUUCGGCCUUGGCUGAGUUGGAAGCCGCCAUUGGGACUUGGUCGGAGAAGGUUAGCUUAAGACGAACCUAUGCUCGCCUCGCAAUGAACAUAAGAAUCGGCAAGGAACCGCCCCUAAAGGAAGAGCAACCACAAGGUGUCUACGAGCAAUGCUGCUCUGUAGAGUGUCGACCUAUCGGAAAACUCGUUUGCUUGUACAACACCACCGCCUCGCCUUUCCUCCGAUUGGCGCCUCUUAAAAUGGAACUUCUUUCCCUCGAUCCCUACAUGGUGCUCUACCACGAUGUGCUUUCCGAAAGAGACAUCAUUGGCAUUAAGAACCUGGCACAGGGCAGUCUGGUCCCAGCCCUUACAAUUUCUUCAAACAUAUCCUUGCAAGAACGCCCCGCUCGCACCACCAAUGGCGCAUGGAUAAAGCAGACGGACGGAGUUAUGCUGAGAAUGACCCAACUUACACAGGACAUGACCAAUUUCGACCUCCAUGAUUCGGAAAUUUUCCAGGUUAUGAACUAUGGAAUUGGCGGUUACUACGCCAUCCAUUACGACUUCUUUGGCUACUCUUUGCAGACUGACUUUUCUGAUCGCAUUUCGACAGCCCUAUUUUAUUUAAGCGACGUGACUCUUGGAGGAGCCACAGUGUUUCCCAGUCUCAGACUGUCAGUCUUCCCGAAGAAGGGCUCAGCACUUUUGUGGUACAAUCUCGACCACAAGGGUGAUGGCGAUGUAAGGACCUUGCACUCAGCUUGCCCCACCGUAGUGGGUUCCAGAUGGGUCAUGACCAAGUGGAUAAGGGAAUGGCGGCAACUUUUUAAGAGGCCAUGCUUGAAGAACAUUUGA